CUAUAUCGUCCACUCGUAGUGAUGUUGAGGCAGCACCUGAGCUGUUCGGAAACGUCACCCAAGUGUAUCCGUUAUGUGGAGUGGGAGAGAUACAAGCAUGAGAUAAAAAGAGAGAAAGAGUACUCGAGUAACGUUUCCGAACGCAGCAAGAGUCAUAUCGUCUGCGUGAAUACCUAACCCCAAUCAUUAACCUCGACGAUCUAGCGUGUAUCGCAUAUUUUUAUUGAAAACAUGUGUAUAAUUUUGUACAUAUAAGGAACGAGAUAUGAGAAACAUCACAGAAUAAGUUGAGAAAUUGAGCAAAUUAUUACAAUGGCGUUGUCAGGGCAAUUAUUAAAACGUUUGAAUUCAGAAGACGAUCCUUUGCCUAAACGAUUGAAAUUAGCAGAAACUGCAUUUUCUGCAGUGGAUUUACCACUCGUUCAAAAGGAAGAUAUACUUUUGGACUGGCUGUGCAAAAUAUGUGUGACAAAUCCGCAUGCGUGGAAGACUUUAAAUAAUUGUCUUAAAUCUGUUCAUAUUGACAUUAAGAUCAACAUAAAACAAUGUUUGGUUGAUACACUCAUACGUACAUUAAAUAAUCUUGCGGAAGAAACGUAUGAAGAAGUUCUUGAAUGCUGUACUUUAAUCCUUGCUAACAAUAGCAUGCGACAAUAUUUUAAAAAAAAGCCAAAAGACUUAGGUCUCUUGGUAAAAAUUUUAUUGAACACUGUACUGAAACAUUCUAACUAUCACAGCGAAACACAAAAGGAAGAUGAAGAGUUACUCAAGUCCUGUGUAUUAUCAUCUGUUGAGAGUUGUGGUAUAAUUAGCAUUAUUGAAAGUAUAAUACAGAUAUAUAGACAGUCAAUAACUGCGAAAAAAGAAAUGAGAAUAAUUUUUAUACAUGAUAUUUUAUAUCCUAUGUGCAAUCUAAUUGAUCAUAGACAUGCAGAUAGUACAAAUAAGCUCGGAGUAGCAGCAUAUAAAUGCAUACAGCACUUAUUACUGGAAAAAAGAAAUACUCAAAACGAUCAUACAACAGAAAGUAGUCCUACAAUGUUUCCAGACUUAUUCUGUGUGUUGUCUGAGAAUGUGGAAAAGCUAAAUCUCCAGAGUAAUCUUGCAACAUAUUUAUUUAUUCUUCGUGCAGCAGUAGGCACUUACAAAUCAGACACUGCUUUAUUGGAUAUGUUCUUCAGGAAUCUAAUUAAUACUUCUGGAAGAUACAAAUGGGAAAUAUUGAACGUUUCUCUCCAGUUAUUAAAUGAUGUAUCAUUCGAUUUUGAAAAUGUUAUAGAAGAUGUUACACUAUCUGAAUAUUUUCAGAAAUUAAUAAGUGACAUUUUAACGAACGAAAAUAUAACAUAUGUUCAAUGUGGGAUACUUGUAAAACUUUCAUAUAUCAACCCACUUUUAAUAGAAAGUAAUAUUCCGAAUAUCUUGAGUAAAAUAUUCUCGGAGGAACAAAAUGCAGACUAUACAAAUUUAUUAAUCGCAAUUCUGUAUGCCAGCACGAAAUUAAGACGAGAACAGAAGCUCAUUUCACAAUUACUAAUAUCUGUAAAACAGCAUGUUGCAGUUAAAAAAAAGCAUAAGACGAGCAAGUCUGAAUUUUUUCCACAGGAAUUUAAAGUAAAAUUAGCAAAAUCAAUCAACAAUACUUCCAGUUCACAGGUGAUUGCAAGCUUAAAAACAUUAACGUAUCAUUUAAACACAGACUGUAUGGAACUGUUGCAGGAUAAUACUUCAUGUAAAAAUGUAUUAAUGUUGAGGGCGACAGUAGAGUUGCUAGUCACAUUUUCCGAAGGCAUACAAAUUUUCGAAUUUACCAGAGUAUCAUCCAUUUACGAGAAAUUUGCCAACAUCCUUGACGAGCUGGGGAAUGCUUUGUCACUGCUGAUAAACAAAGCAUUGUGUUUAAGCCACAACAAAAAUGUUACCAUAAUACUGUUGACUGCAGUGCAGGCAUUGAGUGAAAUGCAAAAUAUGUUAAAAUAUUAUGUGCCAAAAGUUGCCGGUGCCAAAACGUUAUCGUUCCCAAUUCAGGAUGAUCCUUGGCAACAGUUGAUCCAAAGAAUAAGUAAUUUCGGAGAAGAUAAUUGCAAGAAUGUUAUGAAUAACCUUAUUUUACAUAGAAUAAAACUAAAUUUAUCAAAUGAGCCUAUCAAGCUUCACAAUUUAAUAGGUGGCCUUGAAUAUUCUUGGAGCACUAUAUUGAAACAUGAUCCAAACAUACUUUCCUUGUUAUGUGACAAAGAAAUAUCCAAAGUAGCAAAUUUAUUAUGGACUGAUAUAACAUCAAGUGAAAAGAACUUUCACGAGUGGCUUAAUAUAUUAGAUAAAGAAUGUAUUCAAGAAAAUAAGUGCUUUCUAAUAUGCCUUGUGAGUCAUGCUCUUGCCCAAAUUGGGCAGUGUUUCUCAUCAGGAUAUACAAAAUCCAUCACCAAACACAUUAAUGCUAAGCUGUUGAUGGAGGACAAACAUAAUGAAAAUGAAAAAUUAGUGAAAGUCUUGCAAGUUAUAAAAGAACAGAUAUCACAACAACAAUGGAUGCCAAUGACAAAUGCAGUUUUCUCUAAAAUCGAAUUGUAUUUGGAAAUGUUACUACAUAUACCAAUCAUGUACUUCGGUUCUAAUACGAGAACAUUAAUAUUUUUGGUUGUGUAUUCCAUUAGCAAAGAAUGUGAAACAAACAAAAAGAUAUUAACAUUAUGCAAUUUGGUAUUUUCAGAUUUAUUAGAGAAAACUGGUAUUGACAUAUUUCAAUACAUUGAACCAGCAGUACUGGUAAAUCAAUUGCCACAGAACAAAGCAUUCUCGAAGGCUUGCGAAUUCUCUCUUCGUAACGUGACCACAUAUUCCACUCUUAAGAAUCUCAUAAAGAGUUCUGCUCAAUGCAGAGAAGCUAUGUACACUGUUUUGGAACGAAUGGAGAUUGUUAGAUCAAAAUUAAAUCCUGAACAAAAAAUCAUUUUCAAGAAAGCAGAAAGAAAAUUAGCCAAAGCCAUUCUAAAUAUACUACCUGAAGAAAUAAACAGUGCCUCAGAUGUAAGGUGUUUAACAGCGGUAUUAAAAGUAACAAUAUCAAUGAAGAAGAUCAACAAUACUUUAAAAGAAUUGACCAAAUUAACUUUUCAAAAUAUAUUUACGACGAAAGAAUAUCUGAACGACUCAACUAAUAGCGAAUUGUUGCAAGAAGGCAUACAGUUAGCUACAAUUGUUUUACGGCACCGUAAAGAGUUUGAAAUUCAAAACGCGACUGUUGUAAAUUUGUGGUUUGUAAUGCUGAAACAUCCUUAUGAAAACUUACGCAAGUCGUUAUUGGCGUCCAUUCAACUAAAAGAGUUUCGUGAACUUAUAAGACUGCUGCACGAUGAGACGAUAAAGAGUUUGUCGCAAGCGGAUGAAGCGACAUGGACGAAUCUGUUGGCCGUCUGGAAUGACAUAAUAAAAACGGACAUGCAUGCGAAACGUAAUAAAAUACGUUUUGAUGCGAUCAACAAUCUGUUCGAAACUGCGCAAUUGUUGUGCAUUCCCGACAGAUGUUGGUCGGACUUCGUGCGUUUAUCGUGCGAUAUAAUCAGUACCAAACACUCGUUUAUCCCCAAUGAUACUUUCGAUCUCAUCAUAACGACCAGUUUGAAAUCUCUCGAAAAGGUGAAAAUAUCGUCCUGCGAGAACGUGCUCGCUUUAUGUGGAGCGCUGAUAAAAGUCAGAACAAACUUAAUAACUGACAGCUUGCCUGCUUUAUUGCUGCUAUACAGAGGUGUGGUGAACGUCAUUGUGCACGCGUCGAAAAACAUAUCCGAUAAAUUUGAGGAGCAUCGAUUCAGAUGCUUAGCACUCGAUAUCGAAAAAUUUACAGGCUUGCUGAUAAAACUAAAGAAGGAUAUGAUGCGACUGAGUCCCUAUCUAAUUGCUGAUUUGUUGCAAUUGAUUUUAGAGAGCACUAUACCAUCUUACAUCAAAGUAGCUUUGCAGAAUUCUCUGUGCAACUUAAUCAGCAUUUGUGAUCAGCAUGGAAUUGCUUUAUUGUCCCGUACAUUACCGACAUCGUUACAGGAAAUCUUCAAAGUACAAUUAAACACAUUUAAUAAAUUUCACAAAUAUUCUGGCAAGAUCUAAAUAUUAACUAUUUGUUCAAAUCUUAUUUUUGUUUUAUCUGAGGAAUAAAAUUCGCGCAAGUUAUAUAGAUAAAUGUGAUGUAAUAUCACAUUCCAUUUUUCAUAUUCCAUGAAAAAUUUUUAAUUUUUUAAGGCUCCUAGACAUGCAAAUAAAAAGAAAUGAAGAAAAA